AUGGGUGACUCCCUUGACGGGAGCGACAGCGCUUCAGAGGCUCAAAAUGUAGUUGUUGUUGAAUUUCAAGAUUUUGCGAACUACCUGCGUAGAGCUGCAACGGUACUUUUACCUGAAGAUGACAUCGUUCCACCUGCGCUGAACGCCGCAUUAGAUGAGAAAGUUAAUCAGGAUUGUAUUAGAAAAUUCAUUUCUGAUCCACAAGUACCUUCUUUGUACGUUCAGCGCUUCUCUUUAAAAGAUGGAGAUAAGAUGGCACCCUCUGUGGAGAAGAAGAUAGCAGAGCUUGAAAUGGGUCUGCUUCAUCUGCAACAGAAUAUUGACAUUCCAGAAAUCACUCUUCCAGUCCAUCCAUUAGUUGCCGCUGUCAUUAAGAGGGAUAUCGUGAAGAAGAAGCGAGACGAACACCUGAAGAUGGUGUGGCGGGUGUCGCCCUCGCACAAGCGGCUGCAGGCGCGCAUGGAGCACAUGCGCCGCUUCCGACGUCACCACGAGCAGCUGCGCACCGUCAUGCUGCGCGUGCAGCAGCGCAACCUGGGCGUGUCCGGACGCAUUUUCGCCAUAGAGUCCGUGCGUGCUCGAUCUAGUAAAACUGGUACAAUACUUAAGCUGAAAGUGAACUUUUUGCCCGAAAUCAUUACACUUUACAAGGAAGUGCGAAACCUGAAAAACCUUGGUUUCAGAUACCAAGUGGGUGUGGCCCGCGCUCAGACUGUAACGUACAGGAAUUUGCUCACGAAACUACCAGGUGGUUCUUCGCCAUUGGAGAACGCUUACGAUGCCAUUGAGCAAAAGAUAUCGCAAGUCCGCGAAUACGUCGACGAAUGGCUACGUUUCUACUUCGUCGGUGACGAGGACCUGUUGGAGAUAAUCGGCAACAGCAAGAACAUCGCUAGGCUGCAGAAGCACUUCAAGAAGAUGUUCGCAGGCGUUGCGGCUAUUAUUCUCAACGAAGAUAACACCGUGAUCAAUGGAAUCGCUUCCCGCGAAGGCGAAGAGGUGCUGCAGCUAUACCAGAUUUGUAAACUGAACCAUGGUCUCAUGAUGGUUGGUCCAUCCGGAAGCGGAAAGUCCACAGCAUGGCGAGUGCUUCUCAAGGCAUUGGAAAGAUUGAGGAAUAUACCAUUGGAGGACGGUGAAGAGGACUCUUUCAGUAUUGUAAUGGCGGCGCCCUCAGCCGGAGGUGAUCAGAACGCGACGGAAAACAUUUUGUCUCCAGCUUUACAAGUGUCCAUAACCGGAGAAUGGGUGCCGUGGUCCGCAAAAGUGCCCCAGAUCGAGGUGGAGACCCACAAGGUGGCCGCUCCCGACGUAGUGGUGCCGACUCUGGACACCGUGCGACACGAGGCCCUGCUUUACACUUGGCUAGCGGAGCACAAACCCCUAGUGCUAUGCGGUCCCCCCGGCUCUGGGAAAACGAUGACCCUGUUCUCGGCCCUCCGAGCCUUGCCCGAUAUGGAGGUGGUGGGGCUCAACUUUUCGUCCGCCACCACGCCUGAGCUGCUACUGAAGACUUUCGACCACUACUGCGAGUACCGCAAGACCCCUAACGGCGUAGUGCUGGCGCCAGUACAGGUGGGCAAGGAGUUCACGAGCCGCAUGGACCUGGACUCGGCGGAGUACGCGCCGCCGGAGCUGUUCCCCGCGGCGUGCGGCGAGCUGGGCGCGCGGCCGUCGCACCGCGACGCGGUCGUCAACGCGUGCGUCUACGUACACCUCACGCUGCACCGCGCCAACGCGCGCCUCGCCAAGCGCGCCAACCGCACCAUGGCCAUCACGCCGCGCGCUAAACGCCUGUUGUCUCUCUCUUUCUCGUCCUCUCUCGCUCUCGCUUCGCUGGUGGCGGACGCGACGCGCCCCCGACGCCCGGCCGGUUACACUGUACAGCCG